UGAGAGUUGCAGAGAGUGUGUGAGUGUGUGUGUGCGUGAGAGAGAGAGAGAGAGAGAGAGAGAGAGAGAGAGAGGCAGGCGGAGUAGGGAAAUUUCAAUUUAAAAAGACAAUUGGAUUGACUGCUCUCAGACUGACACCGCAACCAUGGGGCUAGGAAGAGGGAAAGAUGAUUACAAACCGGCGCCAACCUCAGAAAAAAUGGAUAAGAAAGGAAAGAAGGCGAAAGAGAAGAAGGAUAUGGACGAUCUGAAAAAAGAAGUGGACCUGGAUGAUCACAAGUUGACAUUGGAUGAACUUCACAGAAAAUACGGGACAGAUCUGAGCAGGGGUCUGUCCUCCUCCAGGGCAAAAGAGAUCCUGGCCCGGGACGGCCCAAACGCCCUCACGCCACCUCCCACCACCCCUGAAUGGGUCAAGUUCUGCAGACAGUUGUUUGGUGGUUUCUCCAUGUUGCUGUGGAUCGGUGCAAUCCUUUGCUUCCUCGCUUACGGUAUUCAGGCUGCCUCAGAAGACGAACCGGCAAAUGAUAAUUUGUACUUGGGUGUUGUGCUAUCUGCUGUCGUCAUCAUCACCGGCUGCUUCUCCUACUACCAAGAGGCCAAGAGCUCCAAGAUCAUGGAAUCCUUCAAAAACCUGGUCCCUCAGCAAGCUCUGGUCCUCCGUGAUGGUGAGAAGAUGAGCAUCAACGCAGAGGACGUGGUGGCUGGGGAUUUAGUGGAGGUGAAAGGUGGAGACAGGAUUCCUGCUGAUCUGAGAAUCGUCUCUGCUCAUGGCUGCAAGGUGGACAACUCCUCCCUGACCGGUGAAUCAGAGCCCCAGACUCGUUCCCCUGACUUUUCCAACGACAACCCACUGGAGACCAGGAACAUUGCUUUCUUCUCCACCAACUGUGUGGAAGGCACUGCCAGAGGAAUAGUCAUCAACACUGGAGACCGUACCGUCAUGGGUCGUAUUGCCUGUCUGGCUUCCAGCCUGGAUGGUGGAAAGACUCCCAUCGCCGUUGAGAUCGAGCAUUUCAUCCACAUCAUCACCGGUGUGGCCGUCUUCCUCGGCGUGUCCUUUUUCGUCCUCUCUCUCAUCCUUGGAUACGGAUGGCUGGAAGCCGUUAUCUUCCUCAUCGGUAUUAUUGUCGCCAACGUGCCUGAAGGUCUCCUGGCCACUGUCACUGUGUGUCUGACCCUGACGGCCAAGCGCAUGGCCAAGAAGAACUGCCUGGUGAAGAACCUGGAAGCUGUGGAGACCCUGGGCUCCACCUCCACCAUCUGCUCAGACAAGACCGGUACCCUGACCCAGAACAGGAUGACCGUGGCUCACAUGUGGUUCGACAACCAGAUCCACGAGGCCGACACCACGGAGAACCAGAGCGGCACCUCCUUCGACAGGAGCUCAGCCACCUGGGCCUCUCUGGCCAGGAUCGCCGGACUCUGCAACCGAGCCGUCUUCCUUGCAGACCAGAGCAACGUUCCCAUUCUGAAGAGAGAUGUGGCCGGUGACGCCUCUGAGGCUGCCUUGCUCAAGUGUAUCGAGCUGUGCUGCGGGUCCGUCGGUGGCAUGAGAGACAAGUACCACAAGGUUUCUGAGAUCCCAUUCAACUCCACCAACAAAUACCAGCUCUCCAUCCACAAGAACACAACUUCCGGAGAAAGCAAGCACCUGCUGGUGAUGAAGGGAGCCCCAGAGAGGAUUCUGGACCGCUGCUCCACCAUCGUGAUCCAGGGCAAGGAGCAGCCUCUGGACGACGAGAUGAAAGAUGCUUUCCAGAACGCCUACGUCGAGCUGGGAGGACUUGGAGAGAGAGUAUUGGGUUUCUGCCAAUUCCACCUGCCUGACGACCAGUUCCCAGACGGCUUUGCAUUCGACACUGAUGAGGUGAACUUCCCCACGGAGAAACUGUGCUUCAUCGGCCUCAUGUCCAUGAUUGAUCCUCCUCGUGCUGCAGUGCCCGAUGCUGUUGGCAAAUGCAGGAGUGCUGGAAUCAAGGUUAUCAUGGUCACAGGUGACCAUCCAAUCACUGCCAAGGCCAUUGCUAAAGGUGUGGGUAUCAUCUCUGAAGGCAACGAGACUGUUGAAGACAUCGCCGCCCGCCUGAAUGUUCCUGUUUCAGAAGUCAACCCCAGAGAUGCCAAAGCCUGUGUGGUCCACGGUGGGGAACUGAAAGAGAUGACCGUUGAGCAUCUGGACGAUAUACUGAAGCACCACACGGAGAUCGUGUUCGCCAGGACCUCCCCUCAGCAGAAGCUGAUUAUCGUGGAGGGUUGCCAGAGACAGGGUGCCAUUGUGGCUGUAACAGGGGACGGUGUGAACGACUCUCCAGCUCUGAAGAAAGCAGACAUCGGUGUUGCCAUGGGGAUUGCUGGAUCCGACGUGUCCAAGCAGGCCGCAGACAUGAUCCUGCUGGACGACAACUUUGCCUCCAUCGUUACUGGAGUGGAAGAAGGUCGUCUGAUCUUCGACAACUUGAAAAAGUCCAUCGCCUACACUCUGACCAGUAACAUCCCUGAGAUCUCCCCCUUCCUCCUCUUCAUCAUCGCCAACAUCCCUCUGCCUCUGGGAACCGUCACCAUUCUCUGUAUUGAUCUGGGAACUGACAUGGUCCCUGCCAUCUCCCUGGCUUAUGAAAAAGCUGAGAGCGACAUCAUGAAGAGACAGCCCCGAAACCCCAAAACAGACAAACUGGUGAACGAGAGGCUCAUUAGUAUAGCCUACGGACAAAUUGGUAUGAUGCAGGCCACAGCUGGGUUCUUCACAUACUUUGUGAUCCUGGCGGAAAACGGUUUCCUCCCCAUGGACCUGCUAGGCAUCAGAGUGCACUGGGACAACAAGUGGAUGAAUGACCUGGAAGACAGCUACGGACAGCAGUGGACGUAUGAGCGCAGAAAGAUCGUAGAGUUCACCUGUCACACGGCUUUCUUCGCCAGUAUUGUGAUCGUCCAGUGGGCCGAUCUGAUCAUCUGCAAGACCAGGAGGAACUCCGUCAUGCAGCAGGGAAUGACGAACCGCAUCCUCAUCUUCGGACUGUUUGAGGAGACAGCUCUUGCUGCUUUCCUGUCAUACUGCCCAGGCAUGGAUGUUGCCCUCAGAAUGUUCCCUCUCAAGCCCUGCUGGUGGUUCUGUGGCUUCCCAUACUCCCUGCUCAUCUUCCUUUACGAUGAAGGCAGGAGAUAUAUCCUCAGACGCAACCCAGGAGGUUGGGUGGAGCAGGAGACAUACUACUGAGUCAGCACAGAAGGAGAGUUUCAUCUUUUGCUGCCAUGUUACAUAUUUGUUUGAGACGCUACAACCCCUCCAUAAACAAAACAAAAGAAAAAAGCAUGGAUAAUUUAAGUAUAUCUUAAUGUAUGUGUCAUUCACAAUAAAACAUUUCUGUACCGUUGUACACUGAA